AGCGUCUUCAGUUAGGCUUUUUAAACACGAUCACCUUAACAAUGACACUAAAUGAAAUAAGUUCAGACUGGACGCAAACCACUUUAUUUGGGUUCUGUUCAGGAACAUCAGACGCCCUCCGGGUACAUACAAAAGUGUUAGAAUAUCAUGCAUAAAUAAUCAAGUUAUCUGAAGUCAAAAAGUUGGUAAAUAUGAGAUUUGACUUUUUACCUAAUUUUGUUUUUGAAAUCUGUGUUUAACUUCUUCGGAUUUCGUGCGACCUCGUAGAGCAUUUAUAUAACCAAUUUGAAGUUCUAACGUCACUACCGUGGGAAUUACUUUUCUAUGAAGGAAAAAGUUCGAAACCUAAUUUUUGGGUGCAUCUCAGUUUUGGGAGGCAUAUUAAUCCAUUUCUCUUUUGGUUUCUUCUAUAGUACUGCUAACAUUGUACCAUAUAUUAUUAGUUACAUUGUAGUACGGGUUGAUCCGGAAUUAUCAAGUACAGCGUCAGUUUGGAUAUCUGGUAUUGCUUUGGCCAUGCAGGGCGUUUCUAUGCCGUUCGGUGGAUUAAUUGCAAAGAAGUGGGGCUUUCGUAUUGUCGUUGCUGUCAGUUGUUUACUCGAUAGUAUUAGUAUUUUUCUGACUUACGUCACUGUCCAGAGAUCCUUUCCUGGAGUCAUCAUCACGUAUUCUGUGCUGCAAGGGUUGGGGCUGGGUUUUGGCUAUUCGGUAGUAUUGUCUGUGGCCGCAACGUGGUUUCCAAAACGACGUGGUCUUGUAGUUGGUGUGAUCGUUGGUGGCUUUGGCUUGGGAGCCCUGGUGUUCACUCCAAUCGAAACUGCUUUAAUCAAUCCGAGCAAUAUCCCUGUUGACCCGAAAACAAGGCAUUUCACGCAUCCUGAUGUUCUUGAUCGGGUUCCAGUUGCGUUUUUGAUUCUUGGUGGUAUUCUUCUUGCAUUACAAAUAAUUGGAUUUAUAUUAUUGCGUUCAAAACCACUUGAAAGUACACAAGAUCAAGAUACAGAACUUGUUGUACGGAAUAGAGUAAACUCUGAUCCUAAUCCAGUUACUAGCGAAUAUGCACAAGAGGAACCAAAAUUGGAUGUUUGUGUUCAACCCAAACAAUUGUUUCGUCAUAUUGACUUUUAUAUUUUAUGGUUCGUAAUGUUCUGUGAUAUUAUACCAAUCACUAUAAUAACAUCAGCUUAUAAACUGUUUGGUGCUCAGUAUAUUGAUGAUGACCAAUUCUUAUCUUUAGUGGCUACAUUUUCAUCCCUUUUCAAUGCUGGUGGUCGUGUUAUUUGGGGUGCCAUUGUUGAUCGAUUAUCUUUUAAGAUACCAAUGAUGAUCAUGCUUGUAAUCUGGGCAAUAGUGCUAUUAUCAUUCCCACAUAUUGGAUCACUGACAGGUGUUGGAUUAAAAGUUAUGUAUGCUAUUUGGGUAUUCAUUUUGUUCUUCUCGCUGAGUGGUGUUUUCGUUAUUCAACCUGCGGCUACUGGGAUUCUUUUCGGUCCUUUAAAUAUGGCGGUGAAUUAUGGCAUAAUUUUCACCGGAUUUACGGUUGGAAGUAUUCUCUGCUCGAUCAUUACAAACUUCAUUAAUACUCCGAAUGCUUAUUUGGUACAAUUUACCGGUUGUGGUUGCGUGUGCAUAAUCGGUGAUUAUCAGCCUACUAAAAUCAAUUAUACUAAAAUACCUUUUUGGUAG